UGUCACAGAUUUAGUCGAAAAACAAAAAUCAAAAUUUUACUUUUCUUUUGUCGAAUCGUUUUGAUGUUUUUUUGAAUUCAAAUGUUUUGCAAUCGGAUUUUUCGCUAUCUUUUACUGUUGCUGGUGUUAUCAUCAUGGAAUCUGAUCAAUGGCCAGGCUCCAUAUGAAUAUUCUUAUGAUGAAUCAACCGUUGAUUCAAGCAAUGAUUUAAUUAAUCCAUUCAUACAAACAUCAUUGGAAAAUGUACAAUUAUUUAAAACAAAAGUUUUUAAAUUGAUUGAAGCACAAAAUCAAUAUUUUGAAUUAAUACAACAAAAACGACCGGUUGUUGGUGAUUAUGAAUAUGUUAAAUUUGAUGUACUUUUACCUGAUCACGAAUAUCGUUUACAAUUGAUGGAUAAUCAACGUUUGAUUUCGGUACCGGAACCAAAUUUACCUGUCAACAAUAGUCAAUUGUUAAUAUCGAUAGAUUCCCGUACACAGCAAUUAAAUGUUUGGCAAUUUGUAUCGGAUUCAAUGGUCAUUUUCAUUGAUAAAUAUCGUAUUGGACAAACAGCCAUGUUUGUUGUCGGUGGUGGUGGUGGUGGUGAUCAUCUUGAUGAUCAUCAAUGUAUCAAACUAAAAUCAUUUAUAAUUCGUACUGGACGACAAAAAUAUCGUCUGAAAGUUGUUGCUCUAUUCCGGCAUAAAAAUCAACCAUUUUCCAUUGGUUUGGGUGAUUUUCUUUUGGUUCUUUCGUUGAAUUUUAUCGUACAACAACCAUCAUCAUCGUCAUGGGCAAACAAUAUCGUUUUGCAAACAAACUUUAUCGAAGAACAAGUAAUCAAAUUCGAACGUAUACCGGAUUUUGAUAUUUUGUAUUAUUCACGUUCGCAAAUCUAUCUUAGUUUAAUACAAUCAUCCGAAGAUUCUAAUUAUAAAUUUGAAUUAAGUGUUUAUCAUUUGAUAAAUGAUAAAAUUUUCGAUAAAAUUGCAUGGCAAAUAUCGGAUUAUAUUUUGAAUGCAAAUCAUGUAAAAUUGGCUACAAUGGAUCAAUCGAUUUAUCUAAUCUGUUCGUAUAAUCAUCAGAUGUCCAGAUCAUCAAGAUCAUCGAUUGACAUCGACCAUCGUCAUAAUGAUAAUUUUCUGAAUGUUUUCAAAUUAAUUGAACAUGUUGAUCAUCACCAUAAAGAUGAUGAUCAUUAUGGAUCAUAUCGUUUACAAUUUAUAUCUUCGGUAAAUAACCAAACCCGAUUUGAUAAUGAACCACAAUCUAUACAUCAUCUAACGGGUAAUAAUGAUUUUAUAUUCCUUGUAAAAUUGAAUGAUAUUGAUGUUUAUUGGUGGGAUGGUAAUUCAUUACUUUAUUAUGAUACAAUUGUUGAUGAUUAUGGUCACCAAUAUGCAAAUCAUAAAUGGAUACGAUCAUUUGCAUUAGCAAAACUUCUGGAUCAACCACCAUUAAUAAUGUCUACGAAUGGAAAAUCAUUAAAUCUUUAUUAUAAAAUUUAUUCAAAAUUUAUACAUAAUCAGCUGGAUUUAUUGAUUGAUUGGAAUCAGAAUUACCUUGAUCAGAUAGAAAUUUUUACAUCGAAUCGUCAAUAUUUUGUUUGGUUAAAAUUUGUUACCGAUAACAAUGACGAUGAUCAACCAAAAUAUUAUUGUCAAUUUGCCCGAGUAAAAUCACGUCAACCCGAAUCAAAUGAACAGAUUUAUAACCUUGAUACAUGUUUAAUGGAUUUACGUGAACGUAUUGAUCGUGGCUUGCAAACCGUACAAACAUUGAAACAAAAAUCUGAAAAUUUAUUAGUAAUUUCAUCCGAACAACCAUAUAUUGAUGUUGAUGUUGAUAUUGAUACAAUGGAAAUUAAUCAUUUGAUUCCAGAACAAGUUUCACUACGAAUACCUAAAGGUAAAAUAACUAAAAGUGAUCGUGUUGUUAUAUUUUUAGACAGUAUUGAUGCACGUAUUGAUCAUCUGGAAAAUCGUAUUAAUCAAACUGUUAUGCUAAAAUCAUCGGAUCAAUCAAUAUCAUCACCGAUUGAAUUUUAUUAUCCAAUUCGAACAGAAUCAUUACAGAUAUCAUCAGUAGAAUCACAUUUCUAUCUAAAUGAUAUAAAUUUUGAUUUAUAUUCAAAUGGAUCAUUAACCAUUGAUGGUGAUCAGGUGAUUGAAAUUCCAUUUCGUUUUACAAAUGGUUUACAAAUCGAUCGUUUAAAUGUUCAACAAAUCAAUGGAAUACCAAUGAAAUGGGCAAUGUUAACAACCAUUGAUUCUUCAACACAAUUCAUAGCUUCGAAUGUUCGUCAUCAUUAUUAUUCAAUGGAAUUAUUUAAUGGAACUACAGCCACUCGGAUUAAUGAUGUACGUUUGAUUGAUCUUUAUCAAGAUCGAUCAUAUGCAAUACAAUUAAUACGUGGACGGAAAACAUUUGCCAACAUGACGGUCCAGCAGAUUGUUGUUGAUACCAAUGUAAACAAUAGGAAUUUUCAUAAUUUUUUAUCGAAAAUUUUAUGGUUAGAAAAUCCAGAAAUUACCGUGCAGCAAUUACAAGGUGAUGGUUGGAUUUUUAGUGGUGAAAAAUUGUUGGUAAAAAAUCUUACGAUUUUGAAUCAAAUUAAUGAAAAGAUUAAUUUUGAAGAUUUUGUCAACAAUACCGGUCGGUUGAACAAUCUAGAAAUGUUGACGAUAAAAACACCAUUAACAUUUCAGAAUCCAAUCCAUUUAAAUGGCAAUUUGAUUGUCAAAGGUCAAAUAAAUGGAUUAAAUCUUAAUGAAGAUAUUUUGCUUACAAAAGGUGAUCAAGAUUUUACCCGAAAACAUUUUGAUCACAGACCUUUAAUGUUUCAAUCAUCAACAUCGACAAAAUUUCAAAAUUUAACCAUUGAAUUAUUGAAUAAUCGUUUUCGUCCGGAACAAUUUUUGUUGCGUCGAAGACCAUCACCAACAUCGAUGGCUAAUAAAGUUUAUUUACGUCGAAAAUAUUUCAAUAAUGAUCUAUACGUACAAGGUUAUGUUAAUGUACAACCAAAUUCAUUAACAAAUAAUGUUGAUUUAUCGGAUAUUUAUUUUAAAUUGGAUACAAUGGUAUCGAUGAGUACACCGGUCAUAGCUAAACAGAUUGUUAUCGGCCAGGCAAUGUUUACAAAUUAUUUUAAUCAAUUUGAUUGGCUUUAUGUACGACAGAAAUUAUCGAAUGUUCUGUUACGAAACAAACCGCAAACAUUUUCAAUUCCAUUAACAUAUAAUGGACCAUUGAGUGUUUCAAAUUUAACAUUUAAUUAUUAUGGUGGGAAUAAUCAUUUAAGAUUUCCUGAAGAUUUUAUCAAUCAAAAUGAUAAUACUAGUGAUAUUAUUAUUUCGGGUUCGAAAUAUUUUCAACAACCAAUAUCGGUUGAAAAUAUUCAUUUUGGCCAGAAUGGAUCGGUGAAUGGUAUACGUAUUGGACAACAUUUUAAAUCUUUAGUUCAUUUGAAUGGUGAUGAAAAUAUUGCUGGUCGAAAAACAUUUCAUAAUCUAGUGAUCAAAGGUAACUUGUAUGUUGGUGAUCGUAGAAUUAGUGGCCAUAAUUUAAAUGGUACUAUCGAUAUAAGUGAUGAUGCACCGAUGCAAACUAUUACUAGUCCAUUAUGGUUUACGAAUGUUAUUGUUGAACAUGAUUUUCGUGUUAAAGCUUUAACCAUAAAUCGUACAAUCAAUGGUGUUAAUUAUGAACGAUUUUGGUCGGAUUCAAUACAGAAACCCAUCGGUCAAGGAUAUCCAAUAAUUCAAUUAUAUAAUAAACAUUUUCCUGAUGGUAUCGAUGUUGAAUCGAUACAAAUAAUCAAUGGUACUAUCGAUAGUAUCUAUAUUGAUCGAUUAAUGUAUUGGGCAAUCCUAUUGAAUUCCACGCAAACAAUCGGUUCAUCGUUGUAUUUUAUGAAUGCAACAUUUGAAAAUAUUGAUAAAUUUCGUACGAUUAAUCGUUUGGAUCGAACAUAUUUUGAACAAGUUGUACGAAAAGAUUCGGAUGUUGUACAUAUUUAUUUAGCCGGCGGCGGUGGUAAUCUUGAAUCAAUAUUGGGAAAUUGGAAUGUAACAUAUCUUUCUUUCGUUGAUGAUGGUGGAACCAUUAAUGGUUAUGAUAUUAUCGAUAUUAAUCGUCGUACAUUGAAAAAAUUAUCAAUAAAUGGUUCACAAAAUAUUACUGGUCGUCAUGUUUUUCUUAAACCAUUAUCGAUAAUGAAUCUUAUGUUACCAAUCGAUUUGGUUCGUAUUAAUCAGAUUCCAAUUCGUAAUUAUGUUUGGCUCAAUCAACCAACAUUAAUAUUCAAUACUGAUAUUAUAUUUGAAAAUCUUUAUCAAAUCACAAAUCUUCAUGUUAUUGGUUUAAUUAAUCGUUGUUAUUUUGAUCAUUUGAUUGAAACAUCAAUCAAACGACAAACAUCAAAUGAUAAUCAUAAUGGUGUAAUGUUUAAUUUGACUGGCGAAUAUCAUUUACCAAAAUUAAUUAUUCGUGGUAAUGCAAGAUUUUUAUCCAAAAUUAAUGAUCGUAAUAAUUUUUUAUCAAAUUUGAUUAACGACGAUGGUCAACGACCUGUACGUAGUGAAUUACAUUUUGUUGAAGAUAUAACUGUUGGUCGUAUUUAUAUUAAUAAUCUAAUUAAUCAACGUAAUCUAUCCGUAUUAUUAAUGGAUGCUGUUGUUAUUGAUCGACCACAAGAAAUAACCGGUAGAAAAAUAUUUCGAAAUCCAUUAAAAAUUCAAGGUAAUAUUGAUCAAGCUAAAGGACGUAGAUUAUUGAUAAAUGAUGAUGGUCAUUUUAACCGUCUCAAUUUAACUGAUUUGUUUCGAAAUGUUGUUCGCGUUAAUGAUACAAGAUCAAUUUAUGGAAAUAAAAUCUUUACCGGUAAUAUUACGUUUGGUAGAUCAAUUAAAGUACGAGAAACUUUGAAUGGAAUACGAUUUCCCGAUGAAUUUGUUCUUACCUAUACAAAUGAAACGAUUAACAGUCAAGCAAAUUUUAAUCGUAAAGUUCGAAUUCAUCGAAAUUUAAAUGCACAAUUAAUUAAUCAUAUUAAUGUUACACGAUUCGUUCAUAAUGGCAUCCUAAUUAAUGAUAAUAAUCCACGCCAAGUAUUGUCUACUGUACGAUUUAAACAUCCUAUUCGAAUACGUAACCUUACUGUUUAUCAUCGUAUCAAUGAUAUUCCAGUUGAUGAUCUGAUUUUUAAAUCUUCAUUACCGAAACGCGCUGAUCCAAUACAAAUAACGGGUAAAAAAUUCUUCAAAGAUCCAUUAAUUAUUGAAGGUCGUUUAAAUGUUCGUACAAAUUUAAUUAAUAAUGUUGAUCUUUAUCGUGAUAUUCGUGAUCAAUGGAUUGAUCGACGAACUACUGCAAUGACGAAGAAUCGAUCAAUGAUUAAUGGUAAAUUAAUAUUCGAACAACCGAUUCAAGUUGGAACAAUGCGUAUCAAUCAAACAUUAAAUGGUGUACCUGUUCAAAUGUUUGAAAAACAUUUGCAACAAAUGGAACAUGAUAUUGGUCAUUAUCGUAAUCAAGUUGAACGAUCAUUACGUCAGAUGAAUUAUGAUGAACAAAUGAUUAGUGAAAAUUUUACAUCAAAUUUCGUUAAUGAUAUAAGAUAUUUUCGUUUACAUCAAACAUUACCCGGUGCUAUUCAUAAUUUCUAUCCAAUUACAAUAGAUGGCCAUAAUAUGAUUGCAAUGAUUACUAAUGAUGAUCAUUUAAUUGGUGACGAUCAAUCCAUCCAUACAAAUGCUGAAUGUCAUUCACAUCGAUCCGGUUAUUAUUAUCUUGACCGGCAAUCCGGUUUAUUACGUGAUAGUACUAGAUUUUGGCUUAAUAUUUCAAUUCAAGCUAUUCAAUCAUCAUUAAAUCCACAAUUAUUAAUAUUGAUUAUUUCGAAAUCAUUACCGUGUGAUAAACUUGCUAAUGUUGAACGAUCAUAUCAUGUACAAUUUCUAAAUACAUUUGAAUUUUUAUCAUCAAUGUCAAGCGAUCAAUUGGAUGAAAAUUUAUUGAAAAAAAAUCUGUAUCGAUUACCUGAUAAAAUGGGUCAUCAUAUUCAUUCGGCUCGUUUAUUUACAAUUUUCAAUCAAAAUUAUUUAUUAAUUUAUUAUCGUUGGACAAAAUGGCUCCGAUCAAAACCCGGUGAAAUUCAUCUAUUCAAAUAUAAUGAAAGUUAUUUUGGUGAAAUGCUCAACAACAAUCUGAUUGAACAAGUUUGGCAUUAUGAUCUAUAUGAAUUUUCUGAUACAAUUUUAUUAUCGAUUAUUAUUGGUGGUGAUGGUUCAAAUCAAACAAUGGCCAUUUAUUAUUGGAACAAUCAUUUUGAACAUUUUGAACCAUAUGUUUUACGACCAACCAUUGCAUCAGAUCAUUAUUCUUUUACUCGAAUCAUACCAUUACCUGAACGAUUAUUAAUCCUUUAUUCGAAAUCAUCAAAUAAUUGCCAUAAUCAAAUGUUUGGUACAUCAUCAUCAAAUACAUUCAACAAUAUUGAACUAUAUCAAUUGAUUCGUACAAAUAAUGGAACAUUAUUAUCAUUGGAUCAUUAUCAACAAUUGAAUACGAUGAUCAAAACAAUCCAACAAAUUCAUAUCAUACAAACUGAUCCAUCAUUAACCUAUCUAAUAAUAUCAUCAUCAUCAUCUUUGGUACAAAUAUAUCGAUAUGAUGGUAAUAAAAUUCUAUUUCGAGAAAAAUUGAAAUUUCGUAUACCAAAACCAAUCACUCAAAUCAAUCAUUAUCAGAUUAAUGAUAAUAAUCUUUAUCUAACAAUUGGUUCAAAUCAAUAUUCAGCAAUGAUUCUUUCAGCUGUCAUAUCUGGUCGAUUAUCGAGCAACAGCAAUAACAAUGUAUCGAUCAAUCGUACAAUCGUUUCAUUGCUUUAAUAAUUUUUGUUUAGUUUUUUCUUUCAAGUUUUUUUUAGUUUUGUAAAUCAUGAAUCAAUAAAAUUGUUUAUUUGUUUGUUUUUUA